UUGGCGGCUCCCGCGACCCGGGCCCGGGGACCGCCCCUGCCCGCGGGGCUGAGCUCCCUCGGACGCUCGGGGAGUGCUCGGAGCCCGCUCCGGGCGGACAGAGCCACGCAGGCCAGCGGCGGCCAGUCCCAGCCACGCGCCCCUCCGCGUCUUCGGCCCCGCUGCAUCGGCCCGGGAACCAUGGUGCUGGACCGGGAGGACGUUCGUAGUUCCUUGCCAUUCUGAGGCUUGACAAAAAGUAGGUGAGACUGCUUUUGUAUCUGCGAAGUGCUUCACUCCGGAAUGUCCUUCUAGCUGGAGUGCAAUCUAGGUUAAGAGCCGGACAAGCGGGGUCAGUAGCGCCCCGCUCGCUGCGCUGCCCGAGCGAGGACCGGUCGGUCGGUCGGUCGGUCGGUGGGUCGGUGGUCGCCCCGACGAAGCGAAGCGCGCCCGGAGUCGGCGCCCCUUUCUCCCCGCCGAGCCCAGCUGCGGCUGGACACGGAGCGCCAGAGAUGAUGGUGCUGGACAAGGAGGACGGCGUGCCAAUGCUCUCCGUCCAGCCUAAAGGGAAGCAGAAGGGCUGUGCUGGCUGCAAUCGCAAGAUCAAGGACCGCUACCUGCUGAAGGCACUGGACAAGUACUGGCACGAGGACUGCCUCAAGUGUGCCUGCUGCGACUGCCGCCUGGGCGAGGUGGGCUCCACCCUCUACACCAAGGCCAACCUCAUCCUAUGCCGCCGUGAUUACCUGAGGCUCUUCGGUACCACAGGAAAUUGUGCAGCCUGCAGCAAGCUGAUCCCAGCCUUCGAGAUGGUGAUGCGAGCCCGGGACAAUGUGUACCACCUCGACUGCUUCGCCUGCCAGUUGUGCAACCAGAGGUUUUGUGUGGGAGACAAAUUCUUCCUGAAGAACAACAUGAUCUUGUGUCAGAUGGACUAUGAGGAGGGGCAGCUCAAUGGCACCUUUGAGCCCCAAGUUCAGUAACGCCAAGUGUCUGGCCUCCAGGCCCAUGUGUCUGUCUGUCUGCCUACCCGCCUGGCCAGCCAGCUGCUCUGCCGUGUCUGCACUCGUGUGUCCUGGAUGGGAGGUUGCGCUCCUCACUGCUGUGUGAUCCCUCCUGGGGCUGGGCCUGUACAGUCUGUCUUCUGUAUAUAAAUGGGAACAUUUAUUUUAUGAGAAAUGUAAUGCGAUUUUAUUACUGGCGUGGAUUAAACUUAUGAAUGUUUCCGGGGA